AUGACCGAUGUCAAGGAGACGACAACAAAAGCAGCUAUGUAUCCUCAUCCUACCAACUCUAAGAUCACAUUUUGGGAUCUACCUGGUAUAGGUAUGUGUGUUCCAGAUGUUCGUCUAAUAAUUAACACACCAAUGUAAGGGACAGUAGAAUUGGCGAGGGGGAAAAGUUUUGAAAGUGGUUUCGGGAGAUGGACCAACGUACCGUAAACCUCCGAAUAUAAGCCCCUUGUAUAUACUCACCACAUGUACUAACGCUCACCUCAUUCCAAAAUUAAUAUACCCCUCCCUCCCCCGAAUAUAAGCCCCCCUCAUUGUCUUUAUAGCUUACUAUGUUAAUCAAAGCGCGUUAUUAAUACGUUUAUUUAAAAAAAAAAUCGUCCAUGUAUAAGCCCCCCGUAUAUACCCCCCCCCACUUGUAUAAGCCCAUCAAAAAUCGCCUACGAAAGAAUAUAAGCCCAGGGCUUAUAGUCGGAGGUUUACGGUAAUUAUAAAUAAGUAUAAAGUGGUGGGCGCCAACCUGAAUUCACAAAUUUUGAAAGACUUCAAAUCUCACAUGUUUUGCAAUUUAUUUAAUGCAAACUAUCUGAGAAAAGUAAGAAAGUGCAAAUUAUGUUGUUCAUGACAACCUAUUGGACCUAUAACAGUGGUGGUCCAGGAAUAUAAUAGAGAGUUUGAGCAAGACAACGAAGUCCGACGACGAUGACGUGUUGACAAUUUUUGCCUGUCUUGACCAUUAUCUUGCGUAUUCUAAGUUUAGGGUCAGGAGUGAAGACAGGUUAGAGAUUCAUGUCUAGCUAUUUAUGAAUGCUGACCCAAAUCCUUCCCCUGAUCAGAAAAAAACAGCGAGACAUGAAUCCAUAUCCCGUCUUCGUUCUUCUGCCUUCGUUCACAACGAAUAUUUUGGCAAAAUUCGUUGUGAACUUCGUUCUGCACGAAGGCAGAAGGACAAAGACGGGAUAUAGUUUCAUGUCUCGCUGUUUUUUUCUGGAUCAGGGCAAGAAUUAUGGUCAUGCAGUAUUCAUAAACAACGACACAUGGGAAGACACGUUGAGGAACCACCAGUGACGUCCAACACAGUAUGCAUAAGAUAACGUGCAGACGGCAAAAAUUGUCAAGUAUGUCUUCGUACUUCGUUGUGUUGCUCAAACUCUCUAAUGUCUAAUGAGAGGGGCUUAGGGCCUGCCACGCAGGCUAAGAGGGGCUGGGUAAAAAUUAAACUAUUGCUCUUUAGAUGGUCAGGAAAAUAAUAUAAAUCAACAAUUCCCAUUAAAAUCAACAUGAUGGUGAUGAUGGUGUUGAUACUAGUGAUGAUCGUGCAACGUGUAGUGGUGUUGAUCGCGCAAUGAUGAUGGCGGUGGAUAUGCAUUGGUGGUGAUGUUACUGUGGUGAUGAUGAUUUUGUUAUGUCUGACACAGUAAACUUAGAUCAGUACGAGACCUAGCUUUCUGAAGAUAACCACAGGCUCUUUUUCCUCUAGAAAGACCAGUCAGAACUGAUAGUAGUAACCAGUAUAACUAAAGUUAUCAGGGGCGGCGGAACAUAUUUUUUUUUUUUUUGGGGGGGGCUAAAUUUUUAAAACGUUUACCGUAGAUUUUGACUAAGUGGAAACAUAAACCGCAAACGGCAUAGCGUGUAGUGAUUUCUCCUACCUUUGAAAAAUUGUUCAAAAUAUAGCAUAGCCAUAGAUCCCAAGUAUAAGCCUUGAAAUAAAAGCUUGAAAAGAUCACAAUACGAUCUGCGCAAUCAGCACAUAAGCCGUGUUAAAUUUUGUCUGACUGGACAUAAAACAUAAUAUUAUAAAAAACUCAAAACUAAUUCGUAUAAUAUUCCGCUUGAGGUUAUGACUAAAUUGAAAAUUUUUAUUUUUCAAUACGUUUCUCAAUCGGCAAACAAACUUAAAAAAUAUGUUUAGUGCUUUAUCUGUAAAAUAAUGCUAAAAUGAAGAGAUUUUAGAUGAUACGCCAAAGAGAAGAUGAUGUCUGAAGUUCAGUAAGUUUUGCUUUUUUGGCUGUAAAUAUGGCGUCAAUUUUAAAGCAUCAUUGAUAAUUGUAUUUUAGUUGACGAUUAUUAACUAUUAUUUUAUGUUUCUCAACCGGCAGAUGCAUUUAAAAAGUUGCUAACUGUAUAAAGUAGAGAAUAAAGUUGCCUAAAACAAAGUAAUUUUGAGAGGAACGCCAAAAAGAUUUUAGGUUUUGAACAUUUUUCAUUGCAAAUACGCAAACAUUGAAAAAAAUUGCCUCUUAAUGAUUUAAAAAAUGUUAACCAAACCAGAAAUACAACUGUAUUCCAUAGUCCAUACUGUCGCUUUGACACAAAGAGCACAAACACAAGAUAAAUGCAAUGAUUGCAUCAGAAGUUCUUAUUCUGUGUUCUAUUCGAAAUCGUCCAUAGCUGCAUGGAAAGAGCAUCUUAAAAUGAGCAAAUAUGCAAAGUUCGGUUGCGAAUAAAGUUUGGUUGCGAAUUGUUGUAAAAAUAAGGAAAAUAUAUAGCCCUGUGAAGUUCGCAAAUUUUGUAUAGACUGUAUUUGCAUUACGCGCGGGAAAAAUAACCAUUUUUGAGCCGAAUUAAAGUGGUUAUUUUACCGCGCGUAAUACAAAUAUAUACAAAAUUACAAGAACUUCACAGGGCUAUAUUUUCUUCAUUUUAUUACAUUUAGCAACCAAUCAUUCUAAGACGUUCUUUGUAGCUGUGGUGUUGGAUUUCGUUAUUCUUGCUUUGAUCAAAAUUUUGUCUAUAGCUCGAAUCACCCAUUAGGAAAUGAAAUUUCUUCACUUAACUUUUAUUUGUCCCAUUUCGCAAGGCCAACACUCUGAAGUUGUAGUAUUUACUUUAUAAUCAAAGAUAUAUUCUCAGAGUGAAAGAAAAUCAAUUUACAUUCACUUGAUCACAAAGUAGGAUAUUUUCUUUUCCAUUUUAGCCGGCGAGCAGUAAUUUGACGACUUCGUAGUUUGAAUAAAUGGUCUCCCAUUCUGGCAUUCUUCAUGUAUUUUGGGGAAAGGGGGGCUAAGCCCCUCCACUUUUACUUCUGGGGGGGGGGCUAAAGCCCCCUGGCCCCCCUGUUCCGCAGCCACGGAAAGUUGGUUUAGUUCACGUUUCCUCGCUAGUAACGGCAUAGUAUGUUUUUCCAGUGAGAGCGGUAAAGGUGGGGAUAGUGGUUAUGAUAAUGGUGGUUAUGAUAAUGGUGGUGAUUAUGGUAACGGCCAUGAGAGUGGUAAUGGUGCUGAUUGUAGUAAUGGAAUUAUGGUUGUGACGAAGAUGUUGGUGGUGAUGUUAUGGUGGCGAUGACGAUGGAGGUUUUCUAAUAUCUGCAGUUUUCAACGUGGUAGCAGUAGUAUUCACAGUGAUUGUUAUCAAGACGACAUUAUUACCAAACAACUCCAUAUUACAGGAAUGGAACCUGCCUCGUACCCCGGCGCUUUGGUUUUAGUCCACGCGGCCCACGCAAAGGUCACGCAAGCCGUAGAACAACACAUAGCGCCUGGGUACGAGGCAGGGAAUGGAACGGUGUAAGGCACGUGCAGUACUAACCACUUUGAUAACACCUCAACGAACUAAUAAUUGCAGGUACUCCAAACUACCCCACUGACACUUACAGUGACAAAUUACGACACCUUCCAUAUCUUAGCCGCUGUCCGCUUUACUGAAAACGAUCUGCUAUUAGCCGAAAAAGCGAAAUCGAUGACAAAGUCGUUCUUUUUAUUACGUACAAAGAUCGAAAUGGACGUCAGAAGUGAAAGUCGAAAGGUUGUUUUAUUAUUUAUUCUGUGGCAGUAACAAAUAAAACAAACCAAAAUUAAAAACAAAUAAAAAUUUAUUGAAUUAAUCAACUUUUCAUAAAAUUUCCCGCCAACUUUUAAUUUCACACCAUAUUCACACAAAGCACCGCUGAAAUAUGUCGCUCCAUCCAAUAACCUCUACAUAUUACAGUUUCCGCUGAAAAUAGCGCGGGCACCUACAAACACCUAAAAUUAUUUGUAGGCUUUUAGCCAAUCGGAAAAACGAGAAAAUUAAAGAGUACAAUAAAUAAUAAUUAUACUAAUUGUGCAUGUAAGACCUUAACACCAAGUUGAUCAUUUUAUGUUAUAGUUAGUUAACACUUAACAAUAGGCUUAUCAUUUGACAAUUUCCAACAAAACCAGCUUCAUAUUGUGUUUAUUCACAAGUGGUACACUGCUGUCACACCAUAUAGGAAGCACGUAUAGUGUUUAAGUAUAUAUCUUCUACCAUAAAGCCAUAUCAUGUUAAGCAUUUAGCACCUUUUGAUGUCAUGUUCAACAUUCAGCCCCCCCCCCCCCCCAUUACAUCAUACUCUCACGACAAAUGGUAAGCAUUUAAGUUGAACAGAAUGACAUUUUAAGAUUAACCUUAUUAUCUGCUGUGGGAAUAGCGCUUAAGCACUCAAGUGCAGGAGAGCUAAUAACAACUAAAACGAUUGAUAAUUGCAAGUACACCUGACUAUCCCGCUAAAACCUACAGUGAGAAAGUCGGCUUGGAAAAGUACGAUACCUUCCUUAUCUUAGCCGCUAGGCGCUUCACUGAAAAUGAUCUGUUGUUAGCCGAAACAGUAAAAUCCUUGAAAAAGUCGUUCUUUUUGGUACGCACCAUGAUCGAUGUGGACGUCCAAAACGUAUCGUCCAAAAGAAAGCAUUUAAUCCAGAAGCAACGUUGAACGACAUCAGAAAAGAUUGUCUGAAAAGCUUUGGAGCCAACGAGGAAGUUGUGUUUCUCAUCAGUAAUCAUCACCCAGCCAAGUGGGAUUUCGCUCGUCUCACACAGGCCAUUCUGGAUGUCUUGCCACAUGACCAAAAGGAAAGUCUAACGCUGACUAUAGACGUGUUAACAAGCCACUCCAAGGAUAUUUUGAAUCGAAAAGUUGAAAUACUUCGAGGUAAUCAUAGAGAGAACUUAACAUUUUGUGCAGUAACGAUUUGUCAAGACUAAUUUGAACUCACUUCCAUGACCUUUAAAGUGAAUAUGGUAUGAAGUUAUUUCGUCUAAAACAACAUAAAGUUUUGUGUCAUAUGGACUUUAAGGUUACAGCAUGCCCUAGAACUCUAUAAAUUUCAAAAUGUUUUUACAUUUCCUUGUAGCUUAGAAAGAUAUCUGUCGUCAGGAAAAAUCUUUCAAAUUAAACACGUUGUCAAGUAAAACACUUUGCGAGAAAACUAAUUAGCAUUAAAUUAAAGUCAUUUUUUAAACCGAUUAACCGAUUGUUCUUAAAUUUGCGCAGGUUGGAUUAAAGCACGGAAUAAUUCUCUUGUUUUUAAUAUCAGUUGAAAGCCAUACUGAAAGGCAGGAUGGUGUACGGAAAGCUGUUUUUUAUUAUUUUUGGCAUUUUUUCCAAUACUCUAAUUCGUUUCAGGUCGAAUAUGGAUGGUCGCAGCCGUUUCCGCUGCUGCUGCGGUAAUUCCACUGCCUGGGUUGUCUAUUGUGGUGGAUUUCAGAUUGUUAACAUACGUAGUGGAUUUCUACAAAUCUCAGCUUAGCCUACCCGAGGAAGCAUCUUACGAGUUUCAAAAAAUGUCUAAAGAAAACAAGGAAAUAAUCCUCAAAUUUUAUUUCACAAACGCGGUGGAACUUGCAAAGAUUUUCACACUUGUCGCUUUCAAUUCUGCAGCUGAAGAAGCUGCUAGAUUCAUUCCAUUCGUAGGAAGUGCUAUUGCUGGAAGCAUUUCUUUCAGCUCUACCUAUUAUUUCCUCUCGCAUUGCUUGAGUGAAUUGGAAAAAACAGCAUCGAAUCUCUUGGAUGAAACUAACACCAAAGUUG